AUGGCCUUCCCUGAGGGCGGUAGUCCUGCUGCUGGUGGACGGUGUUCGUCGACGGAGAGGCCACGGAGUCUGUCAAACGAGAGCGAGAGCGAUGAAAGUUAUGACCUGACCGAAUUUGCCGUCGCCGAUGGCUUUCGACCAUCCGACGCAGCUCCAAGCCUGGCCGCACCCGCCGCGAACCCCCAGGGCCAUUUUAAGCCCAAUCAGCAGCCUUUACUACAACGGCGGUCGAUAAGCUCCUCAUCCGCCGCGAACGCCCCGUCUUCUCCUCAAUCCGAGCAGCCGACGACUUCAAACCCCACAGAUGACAUCAAUGUGUUGCUGGACCCCAACCCUGGGCCUUCAAUACCGCGACCCUCCAGUGUCUCAAAACCACACCGACCACACGACUCAUUUUCGUUACAAAAUGAUGGAUCAAACCUCGCCUCGACAACCCAAACAAGCCUCUCUCAUCCAACCGCACUGUCUUCAAAUUCAUCCUCGGAACGAAAUGAUGGAGGUCUCCAAUCGACACCAGGAUCAACCCUAGCAAAUACGGAUCGCGGGCCAGCUCAUCCCUAUAGUCUAUAUCCCCAGAAUACUAUGACGGUAGACGAUACCGGCGACGAGCAUAUACCUGUUGGGUUUCCUGGCAUAGCAACCACGUAUCAGCGUCAAAUUGGGCCGGACGGCGAGGAGGCUGGAGGAUUGAUAGGCCCGCUCGGCCAUACUGAAGAGCUUCCACCUUACACCCGAUAUCCCGACCCAGUUUAUACACGUAGCGGACCAUCAGCUACCACUCCGUCUGCAGCUUCUGCUUCCACCUCGGUUGUCACUCCACCCUCCACUGGAACCGCAGCUGCAGCGGUACCCCCCGCAACCGCUAAUUCCAUCACCAUUGAACCUGACGGCUCCCAAAGCCCGGUCGAUUCCUCGUCUCCCACACGGACAACACACAAUUCGGAACCGGCAGAGAUGACCUCUGCCGGAGCGGUGGUACGCCAUGUUGAUGAGGCAUCGCUCGAAGGACAAUCCGGCAGGUCUUUGCGAAGCGAUGGUAUAUCAGAUAAUAGCCGCAAUGGACUCAACUCCGCCACGAGGGUCAUUACAGAAAAGCUCCCAAUGGGCAAAUGGCAACGAAGAGCAAGAAAACGGCUAUGGGGAGUUAUCCCUUACUGGGCAAUUUGCUUGGUGUUAACGGGCGUGGUGAUUCUUGCCAUUAUUAUGGGAGCAGUUAUUGGUACAGUAUUAACAGGGAAAAACAAAUCCGACCGGUCUUCACAAACAGAUGUUGAGCCUUUAGCAUCCAUUCCCCCCGAUCUGGCGCCACUCGCCACCGGCCUUUUUGACCUACCUCCUCUCGACGUCACCCAGUCUCCUCGAAUUUGCUUCCAGGAUACCACCCAAGCCCAAGCUUGGAGCUGUGAGAUGCCUAACCGCUAUUACUCAAUGCAUGUGGGCCCAAAAUACAAUUUUACGUCCGAUGUUGAACGCUUCGAGUUCACGAUGAGGGCCGUUAACGGAACCAAGUCAUUUUUUGUUUGGGGAACGCAACCACCAAGCAUCGAAGUUCCGCUUACCCUUAAACUCGUCAAUGACUCUUUUGAGCCCUCCCGAGGACCGGCAUGGUGGUCUAAAUUUGAAUACAACAAGAUUGUAAUCAUCCCAGAGAGUGCAAUGCAAGCACAGCAGACACGAGACGAGUGGACCUAUACAGGCAAUCCCUCCGUCGAUACAACAAAGUUCCAGGCAAAACCUUCCGGUCCGCAAAACGGAGAAAGGCCGUGGAUCUGUACCUGGCCAGACAUCAAGAUGGAAAUAUUCAUCUAUCCAAAUCAAAAUGCCAGUAACCCAUCGCCCUCAUCUCCAACUACGACCAGCAGAUCCAGCUCAUCGGCAACGGACACAUCUUCCGACGCCAGUCCGACUCUGGAUGACCCUACGCCUGCCUAUCCACAAGUGGUCAAGCUUCUGGAGCGCCGAAUCAUAGAUUCUGACGACGAAGAGACCGCAGCAACUUGCCGGCAGUAUGAGAUAUACAAUAAAGGCAAAGACAAAAGAGAGAUUCUUGACAAGGAUGGGCUACCGGUUGUGGUGUUCAUCAGCGAGCGUCAAAGCACGUGGCAAGAGCAACUCGCUGCAAGAGAAAGAAGUCGCCAUCCUAGCAGACGAGAUAUAAGCAACCUGACAUUCCAACGUCGGGAAACGUUGGAGUUGACUGACUGUGGCUGCCUGUGGUGGUCAACCUAA